CUGCCCUUUCUAUAAAGUAGGUCAUAAGAACCUUCAUUCCAGAAGUAGCCUCAAAGACAGAGACAGCAAUAAGAAAUAGAACACACAAGCUUUGAUGUCAAAGGUUUAUAUAGCCAUUAUCUGGGAAAGAGAAAACCAUAAGACUUCCAGAUCUUCUCCGGUGAAGUGUGAUUCUCCCAAGGAUCACCAACAUGAACAUCAAAAGAUCUCCAUGGAAAGGGUCCCUCCUGCUGCUGCUGGUAUCAAACCUGCUUCUGUGCCAGAGCGUGACCCCCUUGCCCAUCUGUCCUGGUGGGGCUGUCAGAUGCCAGGUGACCCUUCGAGACCUCUUUGACCGUGCCGUCGUCCUGUCCCACUACAUCCAUAACCUUUCCUCAGAAAUGUUCAGCGAAUUCGAUAAACGGUACACCCAAGGCCGGGGGUUCAUUAGCAAGGCCAUCAACAGCUGUCACACUUCUUCCCUCGCUACCCCCGAAGACAAGGAGCAAGCCCAGCAGAUCAGUCAAAAAGACUUUGUGAGCCUGAUCGUCAGCAUACUGCGAUCCUGGAAUGAGCCUCUGUAUCAUCUAGUCACGGAAGUACGCAGUAUGCAAGAAGCCCCGGAGGCCAUCCUAUCCAAAGCCAUAGAGAUUGAGGAGCAAACCAAACGGCUUCUAGAAGGCAUGGAGCUGAUACUCAGCCAGGUUCAUCCUGAAACCAAAGAAAAUGAGAUCUACUCUGUUUGGUCGGGACUUCCAUCCCUGCAGAUGGCUGAUGAAGAGUCUCGCCUUUUUGCUUAUUAUAACCUGCUCCACUGCCUACGCAGGGAUUCACAUAAGAUCGACAAUUAUCUCAAGCUCCUGAAGUGCCGAAUCAUCCACGACAACAACUGCUGAGCCUAUAUCCAUUUCAUCUAUUUCUGAGAAGGUCCUUAAUGAUCCAUCCCAUUGCGAGCUUCUUUUAGUUUAAUCUCUUUUGAACGCAUGCUUCGAUGUAACAGCUCUCCUCUUAAAAAAUAAAAACUGACUCCUGAGAGACAUCAGCAUCUAAAA